UGACGCUCCGAUAAUGCAAUUAGUAUUGAAUAUCUCAUAGGGAAUAUAGCGAGGAUUCUGGAUAACACUGUGCAGCCUAAUCAAUCAUGUGGCAUUGAUCUACUCUAAAGACAGAGGAAGAACAUAACUUGACUUGGAGAGUAAGAUUGCCACUGGACGAAUGCCAAGGUAUUUGUACAGUCAGAGACAAAACCGAAAACGAUGUAGCCUAAAUAACGGAAUCACGUCGAAAAAGCAGCGCGAUAAAGCAGCGGGGUUCUGUAUUCUGGCUCAUCAUCAUCAAACUGGUUGGAUGACGGAGAAGAAACGCGUGGGACGGGAGAUGCCUAUCUAUCGUUUUUAAUCAUCCGUCAGUCAAGUGAAUGCCUGCGGUAUCAAAUUCAAAAACAAAUACCGACGGGAAUGUUUGUCAACAUAUGUCUAUUGAUCCGAUGUGAAGGUUGCGCCACUGCGUCUCAAGGGUGUCAAUGAGAAAUAGCCUAAAAUGCAGCGUUUAAUUUGACUGGCAUACAAUCCUUCGGCUAAAUGUGCUUUAGUCAACAUCUGAUCUAUUUCCAAGUUGUAUUUUGAUAAACCCUGUCUGCUGUCGUCUCAAGACUGAAGAGGGGGGAGGAUGUCCGUGGCUCUCUCCGUGACGGUUAUGUCUUCAGCGUUCUUUAAUCCCAGUUUUGCCUUCAGUUCCCAUUUUGACUCAGAUGGCGCUCCACUGAGUGAGCUGUCGUGGCCGUCGUCUCUGGCAGUGGUGGCUGUUUCCUUCUCUGGGCUCUUCACCUUCGUCUUCCUAAUGCUGGCCUGCCUCUGCUGUAAGAAGGGACACAUCGGGUUCAAAGAGUUUGAGAACACAGAGGGAGAGGAGUACCAGGCUGACCUGGCCUCGUCUCAGAAUGGACCUGAAGUCUACAUCCUCCCCCUCACUGAGGUCUCCCUUCCCGUCUCCAAACAGCCCGGACGAUCCAUCCAGCUGUUGAAAUCGUCAGAGCUGGGUCGCCACAGUCUACUCUAUGUGAAGGAGAUAGGACAUGGUUGGUUUGGCAAGGUUCUCUUGGGGGAGGUGAAUGCAGGUCUCAGCACCACCCAGGUGGUGGUCAAGGAGCUGAAGGCCAGUGCCAGUGUCCAGGACCAGAUGCACUUCCUGGAAGAGGCACAGCCAUACCGUGCCCUCCAGAACCCAGCACUCCUGCAGUGCCUGGCACAGUGCUCAGAGGUUACACCCUAUCUACUGGUCAUGGAGUUCUGUCCUCUGGUGAGAGAAACCUCCCCUAGCCCCCUAACCCCCUAAACCCUAACCCCUAUCUCAGAGGUCACAACCACCUUCUAUAUGGAGUUCUCUGGUGAGAUGGAUACUUGCUCCCCCUGUUGGUGGAAUACAGUACUGUUACAGCCAGGGACAAUCCGCUCUCUACCCUUUCCUCUGGGUUUGCAGAAGGGUCUGAGCUUACACCAUAUUGAUUACACCCUUACAGAUCAGAGUUUCCACCAUCCUGCUAACACCUUACAGAUCAGAGUUUCCACUA